AUGGAGAUAUCGUUGUCUGGCCAUCAAAUUUGGACUGCUGUUGCAGUAUCACUUGCUACGGGUUUAUAUGUCGUUAAAAGGUAUUACGCUGGUGGAGUAUGUCGUAGCCGAGCCAGCCUGGAAGGCAAAGUUGUCAUUGUCACUGGUGCCAAUUGUGGUAUUGGGAGAGAAGCUGCUCAAGAUUUUGCUCGACGUGGUGGUCGCGUUAUUUUAGCCUGCAGAGAUCAAUCCCGAGGUGAAGCUGCCAUGGAAGAUAUUCGCCGCGCUACUGGUAACAACAACGUUAUCUAUAUGCAUCUUAAUCUAGCCUCAUUUAAAUCCAUUCGCAAGUUUACUCAGGAGAUUAUAACCAAUGAAAAAAGCGUUGAUAUAUUGGUUAAUAACGCUGGACUAGCUUGCGAUAGAAAAUUGACUGAGGAUGGGCUGGAAAUGAUCAUGGGUGUCAACCAUUUUGGUCAUUUCCUACUCACCAACCUUUUACUCCCUAAAAUUAAGGAAAGCGCUUCAAGUAGGAUUGUUAAUGUUGCCUCUUCGGUCUAUGCUUUUGUAAAAUCAAUCAAUUUUGAUGAUAUCCAAAACGAGAAAAAUUUUAACAAUUUUAAUGUCUAUUCUCAAAGCAAAUUAGCUAACAUAUUAUUUACACGUUCACUGGCCAAAAAAUUAAAGGACACCCAUGUUACGGUAAACGCUUUACAUCCUGGAGCUGUUAGAACUGAAAUAUGGCGAGGUGUAAAUAUUUUAAAGUAUUUUUGGGCCAGGCUGGUCAUUUACCCCAUUGCAUUUAUAUUUUUCAAAUCAAGUUAUGAAGGUGCCCAAACGACGAUACACCUUGCUGUUUCAGAGGAAGUUGAAAGAAUUACUGGACAGUACUUUGUGGACUGUCAGAUUAAAAAAUUACAAGAUCACGCUCUCGAUGAGGAAGCAGGGAACAAACUCUGGGAUAUCAGUGAAGAGUUAACAGGUCUAAAAUGA